AUGCUGUUCCUGGUCCUCCUCUUGCUCCCAGAGCUCCAUGUGACAGGUACCCUUGCACCUGGAACCCCUGCCCGGGACCUGCCCGAGACUCAUCUCUACCUCCCCAGCUCUGCACUGUGGGCACCUCAGGCUAGACAUCAUGGCCGGCGGGGCCCAGGCAGGAAGGACCGGGCCCCAGGCCUGCCCAGCCUGAUCCAGGAGGGGGCUGUGGUCACUGCCACCAGGCAGGCCUCUGGGUUGCCACCUGGACAGCACCCCUCAGGUGUGCUGCAAAACAAGGACCUGUUUCCGGGGCUGGCAUUGCCCUACCCUGAGAAGGAGCCCCAGUCUCCCAGAUGGGAGAGGGUGAAGAAACGUGGCAGAACACACAAGAGACGCAGGGACCGGCUGCGACUGCACCGAGGUCGAGCUGCCAUCCGUGGUCCCAGCUCCCUGAUGAAGAAAAUGGAACCCUCUGAAGACCAGACUCUGGAGACUGUUGCAGAGGAGUCGUCCACCAGCCUGGCCCCCUCCAUGCUCUUCCUAACCACCGUAGAGGCCACCGUGCCUGCCACUGAGGAGUCCCGGAUCCUGCCCAUCACCUCUCUCUGGUCCCAGGUACAACCCAGGUCUGAUGGGGAAGUGAUGCCCACACUGGACAUGGCUCUGUUUGACUGGACCGAUUAUGAAGACUUAAAGCCAGAGGUCUGGCCCUCUGCAAAGAAGAAAGAGAAACACAGGGGUCACUUCUCCAGUGAUGGUAACGAGACAUCACCAGCUGAAGGGGAGCCAUGCAACCAUCACCAGGACUGCCUACCAGGAACCUGCUGCGACCUCCGGGAACAUCUUUGCACACCCCACAACCGUGGCCUCAACAACAAAUGUUUCGAUGACUGCAUGUGUGUGGAAGGCCUGCGCUGCUACGCCAAGUUCCACCGGAACCGCAGAGUCACGCGGAGGAAGGGGCGCUGCGUGGAACCCGAGACGGCCAACGGGGACCAGGGAUCCUUCAUCAACGUCUAGGGUCCCAGAGUGGAGGCUGCCCACCGGCCUGGGGACCAAGCCCGCGAGGUUUGCGCAAACAGGACUCGGUGUUUGUAGCUAGCACUGGGAGAUCAAGUUUGGGGACCCAUGACGGAGGCUGCGGGCUCAGCUCCAGGACGCUCAGCCCCUAGCCGGGGGGCUGCUGGGCUGACAAGCCGCGCGGUCCUGGGCGAGCAGCGGUGCAUCUGCGGCUCCCUGAGCCCGUCUCUGCGCCACGGCUGCGCGCAGCGCGCCCUCUACUGCCCGACACCAGCCCUGCAGCAGGUUGGAUUGGGCAGGAGUGGACAUGGGCCGCGCCUGUGACCUGGGCGCUGUGCCAGGCACCGCGGGCAUUCCUACCGAAUUGCCACAGCGACCCUUUCAAGUGUCCAUUUUUCCAGGAGGACAUUGAGGCACACUUGGGUUCAAUGACUUGUCCAGGAUCCCACGGCCAUGGCGCUCCGGCCUCGGCAACAGACACACACGCUCCCUGUCGUUCUUGUCACGGUGGCUGGAGUAACUGUAACUGACCUCAGUCUUCUCUGACAGAGGCGUAUCAUUUUUGUGAGACAGAGUGCCAUUCUGUGUCCAAGCCUGGCCUUUGAAACAGACAAUCCUCCUGCCUCAGCCUUCCAAGUGCUGGGAUUAUAGACAUGUGCCAUCACGUCUUGCAGGUGUAUCCUCCUUAAAAACAAAACAUGAGGCUGGGGAUGUGGCUUGGUCAAGUGCUUGCCUAGCACGAAAGAAAGUCUGGGUUCAAUCCCCACCCCAUUGUGGUGUCCCAAACCUAUCUAUAACCCCAGCACUUGGGAGAUGGAGGCCUGAGGAUCAGAAAUUCAAAGUCAUCAUCAGCGACACAGGAAGUCGGAGGCCAGCCUGAGCUACAUGAGACCCUGUCUUAAUACAAAACAUUUGUCUAGCCUGCACAGGGCCUUGGGUUCUAUCCCCAGUCAAGCUCCUCGCAACACAUAGCACCUGCUUUCAUGUGAAGAAGGAACCUCACCCUGCCUCUGGCAGUUACUAGUUGCAGUCAGGAAGCAAUGGGGGGCCGGGAAGGUGGGGACAGCACUGUUCCCCUUGUACCCAGGGCUUCCCUCAUACAACCUGGACACUGGCUCACGCACUUCCAAGUAUCCCAAGAGCUUCUACCCUGGAGAGAACAAGGGAAAGCUCAAUUGACAUACUGUUUGGGAUUCCCAGAGCCCCCUGAGACCAUCUCCAGACCCCAAUUCUGCAGCAGCGCUGCCCAGAAAGUAAGACCACCUCUGAGACUGGGUGCAGUCUGAAGCACCCCUAUAGACCAGAUCCAUGAUGAUCCCCCUCCCAUCAACAUCAGUUCCAGCAGACCUGGCUCCAGGGACCACCUCAGGAGAACCAUUUAAAUUCCUGCACCUGGCAUUGCCCUCCUGGUCAACUGAGUCUGCACAGGACAGAAGUCUCCCCCCAGUGAACCCUCUCCGGCCUGGACUACACCUGCGGGAGGCCAGGGCUGUUUAUUGCUUUGGGGAAACCAAUCAGGGACAGGGGUCAGGCACCAAGGAAAGCAGGCAGAUCUUGAAGAAAUCAAGUAUGCUGACUCCACUUUCCCAGUACUAGGGCCUUGCACACACCAGGCAAGUGCUCUACUGUCAACGCACUGAUUGGACUUCAUUUCCAAAGUACCCCAGGGAGCUGUCACUGGCAGCCAGGGCUGAGAAGAGCUGUUUGUUCGCUCUAGCUCUGUCCUCCACCUGCAGCAACACACUGCUCAUAAACAGCGUAUUCCUCCUCUUGCGCCUUGAUGAUCCUUGGGUGCCUUGACCUUUUCACCUGUAAAAUGUAAAUGCUUGAUUCCUGUAAGGUGUUCAGAUCAGUGCCUGGCACGUGACACCCACCCUAGUGUUAGCUAAUGAACUUGCAGUGGGCCUUCCACUAUUCCACUGCCAACCACCACAUACCCGGUGAAGCUUUCUGUUGCCAGGCAGGCUCCAAAGUUCCCUGCAUGAAACAAAACGAGAUGCUCUUCUUGGGAAAGAGAACUGGCAUCUGCAGUCAGAGCAGUGGGACCACUCUGGACACUGUCCUGGAGAAGCACGAUUCCCAUGCUGCAGCAGAUCUGGAGGAACAGGUGGCUGUGCAGGAACUGAAGCCUCAUCAACAUCCCACAGCUCCCUGCUGCCACCCCCACCCCCCCGGAAUGCUUUUCUGGGCUUUGUCUGGUGACAAUAAAAGGCUGGUCUCCAUGCCAGUGGGAAAGGACUAAGGGUCAAACUUCAAAGGAAAAUGGCAGCUUUGUCUGCCCUUUGCGGGGUCAUGGAGCCACAGGCGUAUUUCCAAGGCCUCACCCAUUCUACACUUAAGCCCUCUCCAGGUCCCCUCUGCAGUCCCAGAGGCAGCAAAGGAACACUUACCUGGUAACCUUGCAGGGAGCUUGCUUAGAAACUAAGCAACCAGGAACCCUGGGACUGGGGAAAGUGAGGUCCCUAGACGCCAACCACUGAGGCCCCUCUUGGAUUCAUGGGGCUGGAUGAUACUGGUCCUUCACCACAGCCUUAUGGUCACAGGCCAUAGUGAUUGUAUGCAUGCCAGGAAGGGGUGGCCAGGGUGAGCAGCCAGCCAGCAGGGUAAAAACUUUACAUUGCAGGGAAUGAGGAUUCCAGAUCCCAAGGAAGAAAGGUGAUCUGGGACAGGUCUAUGGCCAGGGUGCAGUCUUGCUCUGCCCAGCUUAACCUGGGAGCCCGUUAGAAGCACAGAGCUGUGGGCCCCACCACACACCUACUAAAACCAAGUCUCAGGGGUGACCCCAGGCGUCUGGCUUCUAACACGUUCUCCAGGUCGUUGUUGUGCACGUUGGGUGUCAGGGUCACAGGUCCAGGAUGAAAGACAGAUGCUACAUGAUGGAAUAUUUAGAUGACUCAGAACACUUGCUUUCAGUGUGGGUUGGUGACUCUGAGAUCCGAUUUCUGGCUACUUACCGGCAAUGACUAAUCCCACAUUCCGAGGGCUAGCAUGGGCUCUGUUUGGUGGAUACGAGAUAAGGCUCCUGAGCAUAGUGCCUCCAUCGUUUGGGUUCUUGGACUUUCUGGAAAUUUCCUGGGGGACUAUAGCUCCUCAAAGUGUGGGAACAUCAGGGAGGGGUGCCACGCCCUGGUAGUCCUUUGAUGCCAUAUUGCAUGUACUCUCUGAGCUGUAAAUAAAGA